ACGUAUGAAAAUCAAUCUGCUCCGACACGGCAAGUACUUGCCACCUGUCCAUGGUCGCUGACGAAGAGAGAACCAUCAUCUCCCGUUCUUUUUUUUGCACGUCAUCAAGAGUUCAGAGCCAAAACUCCGUGCACAUCUUCCUGAGGAGAGAGAGAGAGAGAGAGAGAGAGAGAGAGAGAGAGAGAGAGAGAGAGAGAGAGAGACGUGAUGAUUGCAUCAACACACUGCAACCCGGCAUUACGUGGAUGCAAUAUUCAUGACUGCAAUCGCUAUGAGGGUUCGAAGGGAGGAUGUAGAGAGCACUUCUGGAUUGGAAGACGCCGACAUGGAGGAGGAGGAAGGGGAGGAGCCGAAGGGAAGAUUGCAUUCCACAAACACCCGUCGGAUUUGCAUCGUCUGGCGACUAUCAUUCAAAGAGCGCUGGUCGUCAAUCUAGCGCCGCGUGUGCAAGUUCAUCCAAACGAGAGCAGUGUCGGUCGGGAUCGCAAAUGGACGGAGCCCACGUGGCAUCCCUUGAUCGGCAGUACUCGUUGGACAUGUCGGGAUUGGUCGUGGACAGCGCGCCAGACGAGGGCAGAGCGGGGAAGUGGAGUACGGCAACGGCUGUGGGUUGAAGGAAAUGGGGCUGAUAGCGGGGGGAAGAUGACAGAUGGAGAUGGGGGAGAGGAGGGAGGAGAAGAGGGCAAUGCCAGGGAGACCUCGAAGGUGGGGGGAACGAUAACGAGCGAUUCUGAAGCUGUCAGGUCGGGACUCCGAGUGUCGGUAGUCGCCGUAAUAGAUCGGCUUUGCCGAAUUUGCAUCGACAGAGUGACGGAGAUGGUGUCGGUUUUGGAGCGGAUAAUGAUGCAGGGAAGUUGUUCAGCGUCGGCAGAAGAGAGUGGGAGAGGGAGAGGGAGCUUUGUGGGAAGACGAGGACGAGCGUGGGUAGUACUUAGCCUGUCCUCCAUGAUGGUAUCCAUGGCGGUGAUGAGUGCGACCUUCAGUCCGACGGCUAUGGCGUCUCUGGCACCAUCGCCGAGGAGACUACAGGCAGACGAACUACAGACAGUCACCUUGUUUCGUGAAAGCACGCCUUCUGUUGUGUACAUCACAAACCUCGCUGUCAGGCGUGAUGCAUUCACACUGGACAUAAUGGCAGUGCCUCAAGGCUCUGGAUCUGGCUUCAUUUGGGAUAAAAAGGGACACAUUGUAACGAAUUACCAUGUCAUCCGUGGUGCAUCUGAUCUAAGGGUAACAUUGGGAGAUCAAUCAGUGUAUGAAGCCAAGGUUGUCGGCUACGAUGAAGACAAGGAUGUCGCAGUUCUGCACAUUGAUGCUCCGCCCAAUUUGCUCCGUCCUCUUCCAGUUGGCAGCUCAUCUGACCUUCUAGUUGGGCAGAAGGUGUAUGCCAUUGGAAAUCCGUUUGGACUGGAUCACACACUCACAACCGGAGUUAUCAGGACUUUGGUUGGCUGCAAAGCGUGAAGUCCACCUUGCAUUGACACUCUCCUCAGUAUUGAUCUCUUGGUCCCAGGGGCCUUGUUGGCUGCUCUCACAUGGGAUUUGAUCCGUGCACUUGUUCCAGGUCAGGUAAAAUACAUUCCAAUUGGGAAGAAUACUAGAAUCACAGAAUGCUAGAAUACU